AUCAAUGACAGUACAUCGUGGCAAUAUAACAGGUUCUCUCUCUAUUCUCUAUUUCGUUUGUGAGAUGAAAUUUGGACCAAAAUUGAACUGAAAACUGAACUGCGCCACUGUAUCUUUCUCUUUUUUAUUAUUUCAUUUAUCUCACAUCUGACCUGGUCCCGCGGGAUACUUGUUAUUAUUGGUCGAUCGGUUUUUAUAUUUUGUGUUUUGUAUUGCCAUGAUGUGAUGAUAUGGCUGUACAACGUAACAACAAAAUUGCUACGUUAGCUAUAUGUGCUCAAUUGUUAUUCGAGUUUGAAUUCCAUUUAGAUUUUUUUCUGUUUUUGUUUCAUCAUUCCUAUUAUUGAAAUUACAAUUGCAAUAUUGCAAAACUUAUUAAACAUGCAAGCCAUUCUUAACAACAACAAUCAUCAUUAUCAUCAACCGCCACAAUCUCAUCAAUUCAACGUGAAAUGGGAUCCAAAAAAUCUGGAAAUUCGUACACAUUCGGUGGAGAAAACACUUGAACCAUUGGUUAUGCAAGUGACGACAUUGGUAAACACAAAAGGUCCAUCGAAAAAGAAAAAAGGUCGAUCAAAACGUGCACAUGUAUUGGUGGCAGCCGUUGAAAAAGCAACGGAAAAUUUUAUUGUUCGUGGUGAAGAAAUUGCUUUGGAAAAUCCCGACAUCAAAAUGGACAUGUUGGGCGCUGUUGAAGAGGUACGUAAAGCAGGUGAAAUCAUGAGUCAAGCAUCGAGAGAAUUUGCCGAAGAACCAUGUUCAUCAAUCAAACGAAACAGUAUGGUUAAAGCUGCACGAAAUCUAUUGUCGGCAGUUACACGCCUGUUGAUCUUUGCCGAUAUGGUCGAUGUACAUCGUCUGAUGAAAUCAUUGGAAAUUGUUGAGAAUGAUUUGGAUAAAGUGAAAAAUGCCUCUAGCCAAGCCGAAUUGGUCGAAUCAUUUCGACAAUUUGGUCGUAAUACAGCCGAAUUGAUUAAUCUGGCCGCUAAACGUCAAGCUGAAUUGAAAGAUCCCAAACUAAAAGAAGAUCUAGCUGCUGCACGUGCUGUGCUCAAAAAGAAUUGUAUGAUGCUAUUGACCGCAUCCAAAGUAUAUGUACGACAUCCAGAAAUUCCUGCCGCACGUGAAAAUCGUGAUUUUGUUUUCCGUCAAGUUUGUGAGGCAGUCACUACUAUUAGUGAUGUUGCUCAAGGAAAAUCCGGUCCAAACAAUAUCGUCAAUUCAAUCUAUGAUGGUCCAGGAGAACUGGCCUCAGCAUUGGAUGAAUUUGAUGAUUCCAUCUUUAUGGAUCCGUUGGCUUAUAAUGAGGCCAAAACAAGACCAGCAUUGGAAGAACGUCUAGAAUCCAUCAUAAGCGGUGCAGCAUUAAUGGCAGAUUCGUCGUGUACCCGUGAUGAACGUCGUGAACGUAUCGUUGCCGAAUGUAAUGCCGUACGACAAGCAUUACAGGAUCUCCUUUCGGAAUACAUGGCAAAGGCAUCGAAAAAACAACCAUCCGAGUCGUUGAAUAAAGCAAUUGACCAUAUGACGCAGAAAACAAAAGAUUUACGACGACAGCUACGUAAAGCCGUUAUAGAUCAUGUGUCGGAUUCAUUUUUGGAAACGAAUGUACCACUAUUGGUGUUGAUCGAAGCAGCACGUAAAGGUGACAUAAACGAAGUGGAAGAAUUGGCCAUCGUAUUCAACGAACAUGCUGGAAAAUUGGUAGAAGUUGCCAAUCUAGCCUGUUCAAUGUCGAAUAAUGAAGAAGGUGUGAAAAUGGUACGAUUUGCAGCCAGUCAAAUUGAAACGAUUUGUCCCCAAGUUAUAAAUGCUGCACGAAUACUUGCUAUACGCCCAAAAUCGAAAGUAGCGCAAGAAAAUAUGGACUCAUUCCGUGAUUCAUGGAAUAAUCAUGUUCGCAUAUUAACCGAGGCUGUUGAUGAUAUUACCACCAUUGAUGAUUUUCUGGCCGUAUCAGAAAACCACAUACUGGAAGAUGUUAACAAAUGUGUGUUGGCAUUACAGGAAAGUGAUGCCGACACAUUGGAUCGUACAGCCGGUGCUAUACGAGGACGUUCAGCAAGAGUUUGUAAUGUCGUAACAGCCGAAAUGGAUAAUUAUGAACCAGGUGUUUAUACUGAACGUGUACUCGAAGCAGUCAAUUGUCUUCGUGAUCAAAUAAUGACCAAUUUCGCUGAACGUGUUUCAAUGGCUGUGGAUAUAUUGAAAAAUGCUGCUGCCACUGCUUCCAAUAAUCAAAAUGGCGAUAAACCCGUUGUGGAUGAAAAUGAAUUUAUCGAUGCAUCACGUCUCGUUUAUGAUGGUGUACGAGAAAUUCGUCGAACAGUCCUAUUGAAUCGAACCGUGGAAGAAUUGGAUUCUGAAACCGAAAUUGAAUAUGAAGACAAUAAUACAUAUGAAACACGUUCGAAAUCAAGCAUACAUACGGAUUUCGAUGAAUAUCCCGAGAUACAUGGUAUUAAUAAUGCUCGUGACGCAUAUCGAUUGGUACCGCAAGAGGAAAAGGAAAAAAUUGCCCAACAAGUAGAAACAUUCCGUACAGAAAAGAAUAAAUUCGAUAAAGAAGUAGCGAAAUGGGAUGAUACUGGAAACGAUAUCAUAGUGAUAGCCAAACAAAUGUGCAUGAUUAUGAUGGAAAUGACAGAUUUCACACGUGGUAAAGGUCCAUUGAAAACAACGAUGGAUGUUAUAAAUGCAGCGAAAAAAAUUUCCGAAUAUGGCACCAAAUUGGACAAGUUUGCCCGUCAAAUUGCCGAACAAUGUCCUGAAUCUAGUACGAAAAAAGAUUUGAUCGCCUAUCUACAGAUGAUCAAUUUAUAUUGUCAUCAGUUGAAUAUUACGUCCAAAGUCAAAGCAGAUGUACAGAAUAUUUCCGGAAAUUUAAUCGUAUCUGGUCUUGAUAGCGCAACAAGUCUUAUUCAGGCGGCCAAAAAUCUCAUGAAUGCCGUUGUAUUGACAGUGAAAUCAUCGUAUGUUGCAUCCACUAAAUAUCCACGUAUCAAUGGACAACUUAAUUAUCCAAUAUUUGUGUGGAAAAUGAAAGCACCGGAAAAGAAACCGUUAGUACGUCGUGAACGACCUGAUGAAAUUCGGGCAAAAGUGCGUCGUGGAUCACAGAAACGAAACAUUGCACCAAUCAAAGCGUUAUCUGAAUUUCAAAGUAAUUCUGAUCGAGUUUAAAUGGACAAAUGGACAUAAUCAACCCAAUCCCUCCACUACUACUGCUACUACUAUGCCUUUUUUUAGCCACUAAAUUUCGAAUGUAAUCAAAACUAAAACACACACAUAGAAUGGAUGAAUGAUGUCGCUCAACAACUAUGUGCCUGAUGACUUUGGUAUUUUAUUUUUAUAUAUUUAAUUUAAUAAUAUAAAUCACUUAUUACUU